AUGCAUUACGAAAUUUAUUAAUUAUCUCCUUAUGUUAACUUCUGUCCUUUAGAAAAUAAUAAGGAAAUUAGAAAUGGAGCAGAAUAAGAAUAUAAUAUUAGGGGGAAAAUGGGAUUUGAUAAAGAUACUGACUUGGUUUAAAUUCAAGAUAGUUUUUUUAAAUGUUUAGAAACUCCUUUAAAUUCAUUUAUUUCUCCACAUCACUCUAUUAGAAGUUAUUUUUAAUAUAGAAAUUAUGUGGAAGGAGAUUAUGAAUUUUAUUUAUAACAUGAAAAAUUAAACUUAAUUGAUAAUUUAGAUCCUUCUUUAAUAUUAGAAUAUAAUCUUUUGAAAAACGACUUCAUAGAUAAAACUCCAGGAUAUUAUUCAAGAAUACCUUUAAAUGAUUAUCAAACUGAAAUGCAAUAUUAUUUAAAUAAUAAUAUAAAUUUACCAAACGACUGUGGAUUUAUUUAAAAUAUUGAUUAAUAUUGUCCUUAAAAAAUUAUUGAGAUAGAAAUAGAUGAUUAAAUAACUGAUGAUGAUAGUGAUGGGGAAGAAUCUCCAAUUAUAGAAGUAAUAUUUUUUUAAGAAAUAUAAAUUUAUUUAAAUAAAAAAAGGUUUAAAAAAUAGAUAUUUUUUUAUAAGAAAUUGAAUAAGGCGAUAAAAAUAUAGAAAUAAUGA